AUGGCGGUCCUCUCGAAGCCCCUAGCUGCGGCGUUUACGCUUUCCAUGGCUCUCUCCGGGGCCUUUGCUUCACCACUUGCAACCAGAAUCGAAAAGAUCAAGCAGCUACUUGGCCGAGACACCUUCGAGUGGACUGCUCUGGGAGACUCGUAUUCCUCAGGUGUCGGAGCUGGAGAAUACACCCCAAACUCCUACCGCUGCCUACGCUACGAUCAUGCAUAUCCGGUUCUGAUGAAUAGUGAUAAUAGACUACCAAACGGUGAUCACAAAGAUCUAACUAUGAAGUUCAACAAUGUCGUAUGCUCUGGAUCUAGCACCGAAGAUGUCGACGACUAUCAAUUCUACGACGAACCUACCUCCAAUGAGCCGAGUUGGCAAUUCGGUGAGCGACCAGCGUUUGGAACGCCAGACCUCGCCACACUGCAAGUUGGUGGCAAUGACAUUGAUUUUCCUGGUAUUGUAUUUAACUGUAUCUUGGAAACUUCCCUGCCCUUUGGGGCUGGCCCGCCAUACCGCACAUGUGACGAGCAAAGACAAAUCUCUAAGGACUUGAUCAAGGACCCUAAGCUCGUGGACAAUAUCAGUAACACCAUCAAGAGAGUCGUCGACAAGGGUCGCAAAGGCCCAAUCGGUGACAAGUUCAGGCUCUACGUCCCUGGAUUCCCACAAUUUUUCGACACUACCACUAGUGAAUGCGACACAGUCACAUUCGCUCGAACUGCCAAUCCAAACCCGGACGGAAAAGAGCAUACGAAAAUGACCCAAGCGAUCCGAAAGGAGUUCAACGAAAUGAGCGUCGGUCUCAACAAAGCCAUCGCAGACGCAGUCGAGCGAAACAAGGACCAGAAUGUCAAAUGGAUCCCCAUCGACGACCAAAUGAAAGGCCACAGAUACUGCGAGCCAGGAGUCAAAGAGCCCGAUCAGGAAAACGACAAGCUCUGGCUUUGGCACUACCCGUACAACGAACCUGACGAGGAUAACGACGUUGAUGGCCCGCUACUGAAAGCCUACCAAAAUGUCACAUCCGAUGUGGACUUCAAGACCAAAUUCAAAACCUAUGCUUCGUUCGAAAAUGAGCUUUUUGCAAAUAUUGAGGGUGAUAGCGCCCAGGCAAAGGGAGUCUACGAUCCGUUAUGGCGCAAAGUCGGAGACAGAGUCAAGGUUUUCCAUCCUCAAAUUGCUCUGCACGAAAAGAUUCGUGAUUUGGUCCUCGAUCAAUACACCGAUGACAUGGGCGGACUCUCACAACCCCCACCAACAACAGUUCCUGAGAAGAAUGUAUGCCACGGCAUCAAUGGUGAUACCUGGGUCAUGCACUUCAGUACAGCGAUCAAGAACGCGGACGACUUCUGUAACCAAGACUCCAAAGAGGUAACCUACAACCAAGGCAGCGUCGACGAACUCAAGAUGUCUGUCAAGGCCCCCAACAACCAAGAUAAAGGACCCAAGGGGGCGCCAGACUGCGCCAACCGUUUCAAAAACGCUGUUAUUGACGGCUGCGAUGGUAAUGACCCGGUUAACAACCCUCAUAAUUAUAAAUUCGGAUCUACCUUUACCGCGACCGAUGGAUGGGAAUACACCAUGACACCUCUCAGCAAGCAAAUCAACCAAGUUUCCUGCGACGUAUCUUAUAAAUUCCUCUGGGACUCCUUUGAAAUCCGUGGUAAGAACCUGCCUGACGCCAAACUCGGCGCCGAGGGCGAGGGCCUCAAGAAGCAGCUUGACGGCUGUGGAAAAGUCAGUGAGUAUAAGUUUGAGCGGACGCCUAAUGAUGUGAAGUUCCAGUGGUACGCACAUGGUCAUCUGCCGAUUGGUACUAAAACGUGUGUGGGCGAUGCUUUGGUCACUGCUGGCGGAUCUGGAGACGGUAGCUGUCAUGGGCCUGGGAAACGUGAGGUUGAGGAGAGGGAGAUUGGUAUUGAGGAUUGGCCGGGGUAUGGUGAUGACAGUAAGCAUGUUUUUGGGAGCGCUACAAAGAGGGAUAUUGGUAUUGAGGACUGGCCGGGGUAUGGUGAUGACAGUAAGCAUGUUUUCGGGUCGUCUGGAUAG